UCCAGACAGUUUCCAUAGCAAUAUUUUUGUUGAUACAAACAAAAUAUUAAGGAAAUUCUGAUUUCAAUGUACUAGUUUUUUUGUGUGUGUUAGCUGAAAUAUGCAGCUCAAGUACUCAAAAACUAUAAUUGAGGGUCAAGAGACAGACGCUAAAAUAUGUUCGAUUUGCUGGUCGCCCAACAAUAAAAAACUAGCUGUAGCUACCAUUGACCGAUACAUCCUACUGUUCGAUGAGAACGGCGAAAGGAGAGACAAAUUUUCUACCAAGCCUUUCAAUUCUGGCGCUGGCAAGAAGUCCUAUAUAAUAAAAGCCAUAGCAUUCAGCCCCGAUUCUACCAAACUAGCUGUGGCUCAAACAGACAAUAUAGUGUACGUGUAUAAGAUUGGAGAAAAUUGGGGGGAUAAAAAGGCAAUUUGCAACAAAUUUCCUCAGUCCUCACCAGUAACAUGUUUGACUUGGCUGAUGACCGGUCCAGUGAUAUGCGGCCUUGCCGAUGGUAAAGUUAGGCAUCUCAUGAUGAAGAGCAAUAAGUCUCAGAGCCUCUUUGCAUCCGAUAGCCUGGUUGUGUCACUUGCUUCCAACUCAAGAGGCACUGGAUUUUUAUCCGGACAUGCUGAUGGAAAUAUAAUCAGAUAUUUCGUCACUGCAGACCAGAAUGGAGAAGAGGCACAAGGAAGGGUAGUUUUAUAUUCUGUACCACCCACUGCUCUAGCUUGGGCGCACGGAUAUAUAUUUGCAGCCGGUUGCGAUAUGAAGGUUUCCGUUUACAAUGCCAACGGAAAACUCAUGAAAGUGUUCGAUUAUAUGAAGGAAUAUGAGCACGAGUUCACUCAGGCAGUUUGUAGCCCUAGCGGUCAGGCGGUGGUCGUGGGCAGCUUUGAUCGGUUGCAUCUCUACAUCUGGAACAACAGGAAAUCUAUGUGGGAGGAAACGCCUUCGAAGAAGAUUGAGAAUUUGUACAGUGUGACAUCAUUGGCUUGGAAGAAAGACGGCUCCAGGGUUGUUUGCGGUGGAUUAGGGGGUACCGUUUUGAUGUUCGAAUCAGUACUGAGACGAACGGUAUGGAAAGACAAGUUUGAGAUCACUUACGUUGGUCCAAAUCAGGUGCUUGUAAAGCCUCUGAAUUCAACAGCAAGAGGGGUGAUUCUCAAGUCCCAAUAUGGAGGCGAAAUAGAUGACGUUAAAAUCAUGGGUCACGACAGUUAUUUGGUUGCCCGUACCGAAGAAACGCUCAUGGUAGCAGCCCUACAUAAAAAUCUGCUCAGUGAGGUGCCAUGGGAUAACAGCGCGCGUCUGGAGAAGUUCUACUUCGAAAAUCCUUCCGUUUGCACCAUAUUCAACGCCGGAGAACUCUCCCUGAUCGAGUAUGGGGAGAAUGAGGUCCUCUGCUCGGUCAGAACAGAUUUCGCCAAUCCGCAUCUGAUGAGCGUGCGUCUGAACGAGAGGAACCAGUCGUUGGAGAACAAGAAGUUGGCCUAUCUGCUGGACCUGAAGACGAUUUGCGUCCUUAACUUGGUCAACGGCGUCACUAUUGGCCAGAUCACGAACGACUCCAAAAUCGAUUGGUUGGAGCUGAACGAGCUGGGACAGAAGCUGCUCUUUCGGGACAAGAAACAGAGGUUGAUUCUGGUUGAUGUAAUGACCAACGUGAAGCAAACAAUCUUCACGGGCGUCAGUUUCGUGCAGUGGGUGGAGGGAAGUGACGUGGCAGUGGCUCAGGCAGAUCACAACUUGGCCAUUUGGUACAACAUCGACAUGCCGGAGAAUCCGACGAUGGUUCAGGUCAAGGGUGACGUUACGGACGUUGUAAGGAGCGAUGGAAAAACAGAGGCUGUCUGUGUGGACGGAAACAACACUUUCUCCAUCGAACUGGACGAGGGUUUGGUAGAAUUCGGCACAGCGUUGAACGAUAACGACUACGGCCGCGCCGUGUUGUUCUUGGAGUCCAUGGGGUCCUCGCCAGAAUCCAAGGCCAUGUGGCAAAACCUGUCGCAGAUAGCCUUGAAGCAGCAGAAUCUGACCUUGGCCGAAAGGUGUCAAGCGGCCCUGGGCAACAUAGCUGCUGCGCAUUUCCUCCACGAAACAUCCAAGAUAGGGCAGGAGUACGCCGAGAGGUUCAACGAUUACAGCGCCAACUCCCCGGAAGUUCACGCCAGACUGUCGAUCAUCGAGGGCGACUUGAACACAGCCGAGAACAUAUUUUUGGAGCAAGGCGAUAUGGAGGGCGUCUUGCAGAUGUACAAGGAUCUGUAUAAGUGGGAUCAAGCCCUGCGGCUAGCGAAGCAGCGCAACUACGAGAACUACAAAGACCUGCAGGACGAAUACAUGAGGCUGCUGAAAGAUACGAAUCAGUUCGAGAGGGUCGGCGAAGUCCUAGAGACCGAGGGCAAGUACGAACAAGCGUUGGUGAUGUAUUUGAAAUCGAAGAAGCUUGUGAGGAUACCGAGUCUGCUGUUUCAACAUACCGAGCUCAUGGAGGACGCGAACCUGGUGUCGAACGUGCUGAAGCAACUGCUGAAGUACGAGCUGUACGAGGCCGCCGCUGACAUUUACGAGAAGUUGGACAAACCGGACCUUGCAUUGGAGUGUUACAAAAAAGGUAAAUCUUGGAGCAAGGCUGUGGAGUUGGCUCGGGUCAGAAGUCCCGAUCAGGUGGUGGAGCUUGAGGAACAGUGGGGCGACAGUUUGGUGGAGACCAAACAGAUGGAUGCUGCCAUCAGCCAUUACAUCGAGGCUGGAGCUACCCUGAAGGCUCUGGAUGCUGCGGUCGGUGCUAAGCAAUGGAAGAAGGCUGUUCAUAUCAUUAAAGUGCUGGAGGUUUCAGAUUCGAUCAAGAAGUACUACGUGGCAAUAGCUAAUCAUUUUGCUUCGGUGAAGGAAUAUGCCCUGGCUGAAAAAUUGUACAUAAUGAGCGGGAUGUACAGAGAAGCAGUGAACAUGUACAACAAUGCCGGACAAUGGGAAAACGCCCACAAUCUAGCAUCCGAAUAUCUAGAGCCGGACGAAGUAUCAACCAUGUACCUGAAACAGGCUGAAAUCCUAGAGGAAGAGAAGAAAUACAGGGACGCCGAGAAGUUGUAUCUAUCGGUGAAUUCGCCGGACAUGGCCAUAGCUAUGUAUAAGAGGGCGGAACAAUAUGAUAAUAUGGUGCGUCUGGUAGAGAGAUACCACCCAGACCUGCUACAGACCACGCACAUGCAUCUCGGCCAACAGCUGGAGGGACAGGGCAAAUACAGGGGGGCCGAAGUCCAGUAUCUGGCGGCAGGCGAAUGGAAAGCCGCCAUGAACAUGUACAGGGGUGUCAAUAUGUGGGAGGAGGCGUACAGAGUGGCGAAACAGAACGGCGGACCUAGAGCGGCCGAGCAGGUUGCGUUUCUGUGGGCCAACACACUGCCCAUAGAUUCGGCCAUAAAGCUGCUCAAUAAGUACGGGAUCUUGGACGCUUGCAUCAACUACGCAUGCGAAACGUUCCAGUUCAGUUUCGCUUUCCAGCUGAGUAAGAAUCUUCCAGUGAAGAAUAAGGAGGUCCAUUACAAAUACGCCAUGGCGUUAGAGGACGACGGCAAGUACGUCGAGGCGGAGGAGGAAUUCAUCAAAGCCGAAAAAUCCAAAGAGGCCAUCUUCAUGUACAUCCACGCGAAAAACUGGAUGGACGCCUUGCGCGUAGCGGAAACUCACGAUCCGACCUCAGUGGCAGACGUUCUGCAGGCACAGGCUGCGCAGUGCUUCAACGACAAAGAAUUCAGCGAGUUCGAGUCUCUGCUUCUGAGGGCCCAGGUGCCGGAGUUGAUCGUGCAGAAGUAUAAGUCGACAGGAAUGUGGGUGGACGCGUUGAGGGUCAGCAAGGAUUACCUACCCCAUCUGUACCCCUCUCUUCAAUCCGAGUACACCAAAUCUCACCAGUAUCAAUUAGGGGACAAAAGCAUAGAGACCAUCCUUUCGCAGGCUAACGAAUGGGCGCUAGCCGGACAGCACAAGCAAGCCGUUGAUUGCCUUCUCCAAGUGGACACGAGCAUUGCUGAUCCGCCGAUUGUGAAAAGAGCACUGAUUAGGGCCGCCGAUGUGGUCAAUAAGUUUCUGUUCGGUCAAGAAGCCGUCGAUAUCAUCAAAGUGUUAUCACCAAGGUUGGCGGAAAUGGGCGAGCAUGAACACGCGGCUCAGUUGUACAUAAGUGUCGAAAUGUAUAAAGAAGCCAUUGACACGUUGAUUGCGGCCGAGGAUUGGAGCAGAGCAAGGAAGAUCGCCAAAGAGUUGGACCCGGUCUACGAAAAUUAUGUGGAAACUAAGUACAAAGAUCGUCUACUCAAGAAGGGAGAUGUGGAACAACUGGCUGAUGUGGAUAUAAUCGGGGCUCUGGAUCUUCUGGCAGAACAAGGCCAAUGGAACCGCUGCCUGGAAAAGGCCAAGACCCAUAACCCUCCGAUAUUGCACAAAUACGUCGCGCUAUACGCCGCCAAACUUCUGAAAGACGGUUUCGUCAAAGAAGCGUUGAAUCUUUAUUCUGUUCACGGCGCGCCAGCUAUGCCCCAGAAUUUCAACAUUUACAAUCAUAUCGCCACUGAAAUGUUCGCGCUAACCGAUCUUUCCGGACCGGAUAGUUACAACGAUUGGGAGAAAUUGAGGCAGAUGCUGUUUGAAAUUUUUGAAAGUCUUGAAACUAUAAACCACGAAGUGAAACAUCAUUUUUACAAUCUUUUGAUGAUUUCACACUUUUACGCAUUGAGAGCCACAUGCAGGGAAGUACCUUCAUUGAAGUCAAUAGCCGUGAAAAUAAGCUGCGCUCUUCUCAGAUACUCAGACAUAAUCCCAGCAGAUAAGGCAUACUAUGAAGCAGGAAUGGAUAUGAAGAGUGAAGGUAGAUACUCAGAAGCCUUUGUAUUCCUGAAUCAUUACUUGGAUCUAUGUGAGGCCAUUGAGGAAGGUGAGGGACAACUGGUCGAUCAUUCGGAUUUAGUUCAAACUGAUUUUCCAUCGAAUGUGCCGAUUCCAAAUCAACUUUAUCUGAGAGAUGAACCUGAAGAACAUGACAGCGUAAGAGAAUGGGUUCUUACUGUCAGCAUGGACCAAAGAAUUGAACAGACUUUGCCGCUGGAUGACAGACAAUUGUACGCUUCAAGUUUGCAGCAGGGAGAGUCGCCCUGCAUUGUAACAGGAUUUCCUGUGCGUAAGCAGCCUGUAGUUUUCAGCAAGAAUAACAUGCAGGCGAAUAAAGACGCUUGGUCCAAACUCAACAUGGGGGCCAAAAUGGCACCAGAGUCGAAUGUGUCGAACGUUCUAUCAUUCCUGCAGAAGUGGUGUGGAACACCAAGUGUUUAAUGUUUUUAAUUAUUGGUGUUAUGUUUAGGUGAUUUUAUCGAUUUGUUUUUUCUGGUAUAUAUUGAUAAUAAAUAGGUAA